UACUCGUACUUAUCGACCUAUGAGGGGUGGAUGAAUAACCAAAUUGUAUAAUGGUGUAACAGCAUGUUAUAAUUAGACCUAUCAUUAUUGAUUUGGUGGACAGUUUUUAAAACUUGCCUUGACAUGUAAUUAUUGCUUAGUUUUUAAUAUUCAGUAAUUACGCCGAGAAGCACGCCAGUACGUGAGACAAAUCAGUUGUUGAAUCAACAAAAUUAAGCCGUAAAGGAAAAACAUUUUCACGUAGCACAUAUUCAGUAACGUUUCAAACGCGUUCUUGUACGUAUUAAUAAAACAUGUACUGUUUUUCAAAUAAGUUUUUGGGAUAAAUGGUAAAGUGAGGAUACAUGGUGUUCACAGUGCAUGGAAAUUGAUAUGGUAAGCCUACAUAUUUUGUAGCCGAUAUGGAAAUCAUUGGGGGAGGCCUAUUUGGCCUAUAUUCAGCAGUGGACGUCCUGUGGCUGAAUGAUGAUGAAAUACUUCCAAAGUCAUGAACAAUUUUUCACACAGCAAAAACUCAUUCAUAACUAAUCUUUCCACACUUUUGUUUCAAGUUUGGCAUACAAAUUUUUGUGACAUUUGCGCUCUUUUAUGACAUUUUAGAUUUACUAAUUUUUAUCCUUUGAAUAAACUAGUAAAGGAUAUAUUGAUAAGGUGUUUUAAUUCUGUCAGGAAACUAAUGGAUAGUGAUGAGUGAGUCGUAUAAAGAACAACAUCCGUUGUUGUACGAAGACCUGUCUGAUGAGGAGCAGUUCAGUCCUCGAUACCAGAGACAAUUCAGACCUAUGGUGUUCAGAGGAAGAAGCAGGAGCAAAGUGAAGGGAGCAGCAGCAGUCAUUCGACUUUGGCCAGAACACUGGUCGUCUUCAGUAGCAUACUGGUGGAUGGGAAUCGGAAUGAUCGCGCUAAUAACCUUCGUGGUGUACAACAUUGUGGCCUCUGCGGCUGUCCUACCGCCUGCCACCUACAAGGAAAUGCGCAUGCGAGCGCUUAACGACGCCGUCACCCCUAUACUGGACAAUUCCCUAACAUUCUUCAAUGUUUACAUGCAUGUAUUUAUCGAAAAUAACCAAGAAAUAGAUCUGAACAGUUAUUUACCAUACAUCGACAUUAUAGCCAAUAAAUAUUUAGAUUUUAAAUAUCAUCUAAUUCUAGUACACAACGACACAACAUCAAAUACGAAUAUUCUAAGCGCUGAAGAAAAUAAUGAAAAAGCAUUCGAUUCGCUUUGGGCCGGGAACAGCGUACACCAAUCCCCGAAAAAUAAUGUCAAUGUUGAACACGUUGCUCUAAGCAAACUUAUGGAAAAGUCUCCCCUUCGACAUGAUUGGAAACAUAUACCGAAGCAAUUUAUAGAAUUUUUGACAAGAGCUACGUCAAUUUGGGACAAAGGCGGCAUAGCUUUCAAUCCCACAAUCCUAACGCCCAGAUCACCGCAUUCAAUUUAUAUAGAAAAACUUCAAAAUAUCCUGAAAAACUUUCACCGUGUUGCUAAAAAGACUUUAAAUGAACGAAAAGCUAUCAAAAACCACCAUCCUAUUAUGAAGAAGAAAGUAAAUAACAUUCGAGAUAUAAUAGAUGCCAUGGAACAUGAUGACGAUGAUCUUCCUCUACACAGCUCCAUAGAUUCAGAGGUCAAGAAAAGUGCAAGCGUUGGCCCUAAGCAGUCACGUGAUUCUAUGCAUUCCAAUGGGUCUAACACUAGUAAUCUUCAGAAACCUCAUCCAAAAUUAGCUAUCAUUGACUUCAAAAAUAAAACUUCCAUGGACAGUAAAAAAGUGCAUGAUUCACAAGAGACAUUAAUGAUGGCUGAAUCAAAAAGCAAUUUUUCAAUUCAACCAGCAGAAAGUAUUAAUGGCACGUUUGGAAUUCUACCAAUGUUUUUGGAAUUUUUGUUCAGAAAUAAAGCUGAUUUGAGUACACCAACGAGUGUAAGCCGCGAUGAUUCAAUAACUGUUACUAGGAAACGUAAACAUGUAUUACCUGAUCAUAUGAAUAGAAGUUUCGAUCAAGAGCCUUCUGAUAAUCUCAAGAAAGAGACCAAGAAUUUAGAAGUGGUAUUUAAUUCUGCUAAACAUACCCAUGCUGUUGAUAAUGAAAGUUUUAUUGAAACGUCCAAAGCAAAUAACGUUAAUCAGCUUACUAUUGAUUUGAAAGGAAAUAUUGUAUCGUCUGAGGUCUCAUGUCAUGCUUUCUUAGGAACCAUGUUUAGUAAUGCUGUUCAUUCAAACCCUCAAGAGUCUAUUACAGAUUUUAUUAUUGCAGAAUUAUCCAUCUUUUGCAGAGGAGUAUUAUCAUCAUGCAAUGGAAUUGACGUGAUUUUGCCAUAGACUCACCGUUAUUGAUAUACCUACUUUUAUUGUUGUACUGUUAAACUAUUAUGUAAGUUUUUUAAUAAAGUAGAUUUAUCCAAUAU